UUGGCGGGAAAAUAUAGAACCGACUUUGAAAUUGAUCCCCAAAAGUUGUAGAAAUUUUCGAACUUCCCAAAAUUUACCAAAGAGAGAGAAAUGGAGGAAUUUGAAGACGAUGAAUUCCUAUCUCAGGUCGCCGCAGCAGAAGCCGAAGCCAUUUCCUCCGCCGCGAAACGCCGCCGCAUCUCCGCCGCCGCCGCCGCCGUCACACCGUCACCGGGAGAAGGAGCUUAUAUUUCGGUUCUGAAAGGUGACAAAAGCGUAUUAUUCCAACAGAAAGGAUCGACAAAUGCUUUCUCUACUCCGAUUAACAACAGCUACAAAGCACAUAACAGCAAUAACUGGACUAGUUCCGAUGCUACUGAUACGUGCUUUAAGUGCGGGAAAUCAGGGCACUGGGCUCGCGAUUGUAGUGUUAAUCCAACGAAUGAUGAUUCGUUGAGCUUUCCGGAGAAGAAAUGUGCGUGUGGAUCGGGUAAUUGCAUUGUACUUACUGCAAACACAGAGAAGAAUCGCGGCCGUAAGUUCUAUAGAUGCCCUAUAAGACAGGAAAAUGGUGGUUGUGGAUUCUUUGAGUGGUGCGACCAACCUUCUGUUACUGAUACUCUAACCACCCGAGGCCCAAGUUACUCUGUUAGUUCCUCCUUCCCGGAGCUUUCAUGUCCAUGUGGUUCUGGCACAUGCCUAGUUCUGACAGCCAAAACAGGAAAAAAUAUUGGUCAGCAAUUCUACCGAUGUCCAUCAAAUCAGGGAAGUUGUGGGUUCUUCAAGUGGUGUAAUGACAACACAACCAACGCUAGCUUCUCAAAUUCAUUUAACAGCUCUCAAGCUUAUCCAAAAAUGGAUGGCUCGACCAACAAAAUCCAGAAUUCAGUCACUUCUUGUUUUAAAUGUGGCAAUGCUGGGCACUGGGCAAAAGAUUGUCCACAAUCCUCUUCUCAACGCUCUUCUGCUGAUGGAGGGGUAAAAUAUCCCAGUUCAAGCACUUGUUUUAAGUGUGGGAAGCCUGGCCACUGGGCCAAGGACUGUUCAUCCAACUAAUUCCAGAGCACUGAUUGGACGUUAAGUGGAUUCCCUUGGUGUGUUCAUGAAUUGCAGUAGACGUAAACAUAACAACUGAACCUAGCCAAGUUCCUUUAGCUUCGAGUAGACGGUGAAACAUCUAAAACACUGCUAUAAUUUUGAUGUAAAUAUUUCCACCCCAACCCUCCUGGUAAUGAUGCUUGUUUUCUUUGAAUACUGAAUCAGCCUCAAGUUGCAGUUAAUGAGUAUUAUGUGAUCUUGGAUUUUGCUGAUA